AUGCCCCUAAAGCGGCGCUGUGACGGGCGGGCGGCGGCACCGCGCCUGCGCCGGCGGGAGGGAGGCGGCUUCCUGCGCGGUGCCGGCAUGGCGGCAGCGUUCGUCAUGGAGAUCAGGCGGGCGACGCAGAGCGCGCUGCUGGUUGUCCGCGCGGCGGCGGAGCUCCCCAGCGCGCCGGUGGAGGUGUCGGUGUGCGCGGAUUCCCUGGAAGUGAGGAGCGGCGGGAGCUGCGAUGCGGCGGCGCUGCCGGCAGGGGUCAGCCUGGCGCCGUCCUCGUGCCGCGGGCUGCGGCACCUGCGCGGGGACGGGCUGCACCUGCGUGUGCGCCUGCGCCGCCCGCCGCCCGCCGCCGAUGUGGUUUUUACUUUGAGGGAAAGCCUGAAACCCAACAAGAAUUGCAUCUUUUACUGUCAGUCCUGUGGUGACAUUGUCGUGAACGACCGGAAAUUUCUCAGAGUUCUUCCUCUACCGAGUGAAAACUGGAGUGAUUUAGUUGAAGAGUGGUGUUGUCACCCUGACCCCUUUGCCAGAAGAACUUUGCACCCUCAGCAUGGUGACUGUUUUGUUGGAGACACUUUUCUUCUGUUGAAUUUAAGAAAGGAAUCGCAUGUGCCUGAAUCUCCCGUUUGCUGCUCAGAGGCUGGACACCAUGUUUCACAGAGUGACUCCAACUUGAAGUCAAAAGAAAAUACCAGAGUAAUUUGUAAGCGCUGCAAGACAAUGCUGGGAGAAACAGUUUCAUCAGGUACCAUUAAAUAUUAUGUCACUGAGGUGGUUAUUCAAUCAACUGAGGGAGGUUUCAGUCCAACACCAAGGUCUCAGUUUGUACAGAGCAUUGUUGCUCAGUGUCUUUUGGAAUUAUCCUCUGCAAAAAGCACAUUUAGAUUCACCAUAAAAGGAGAUAAUGGAAAAACCUAUAUUCUGAUAUGGCUUUUAAAUUCUGACACUUUGCUGGUAGAGUCUUUAGGAAGUUCCUCCUCCCACAGUGAUUUUACACUGUUUGGAGAUAUCCUUACACCUAGCUCUGGACCAGUGGGAUCCUGGAAUGCUCUCAAAGUCCUUUACCAGCCAUGCAUUCAAUGCAGAAAUAAGGAGCUUGCUGAUGCAUGGGAAGAUGAUAUGGGAGUUCAUCCUUUAAAGUUUCCAUCAGAAACAUGUUUGGAAUUAUUGUUGAUACUGGGUCGGAGUACCACAUCUCUGCCACCUUCGCUUCGAUGCAUGAACUCUUUUCAGGUCGCCUUUUUGAAGAUGUGAAGAACGAAGAUACCUGUGUUGAAAACUGUUGUUAGAUUUAUUUUCAGGAGAAAAGUGUACAGAUAGUGGGACUUUUCCAAUAGUGGGAGUUUUAGAAGAAAUCCUCUGGCAAUACAAAAGAAAAUGAGGUGGGGUGGCUUGGGUGUAUUCUUCAUAUCUGAGUGUGUUUCAAAACCAAAGACUUGACUUUUGUAUCCAGUGCAUUCUUAGAUGUCAUUGGAAGAGUGGCUUACCUGUCACUCCUAUGACAUCCAACUGGGAUGACUCUUAUCAUGUCUUCACUGCUAAAAGGAAAUUCCCUAUGUAUCUUGUGUUACCUUUACCAGUGUUUGAUAGCAAUACAUUUAUCUGUAGGAAAGUUCACAACUGGUAGCAAAUGUUUUAAAAUGUCAUGGAUUCUAAUGUGAGUUCUUUGCUCUGGUGAAGUUAGAGGUCCAACUUAAAAAUAUAAAAUCUGUUUUUUGUAGAACUUACGUGUUUAUCAUGUAUAUUGUUUCUGCAUUAAGAUUUGCCUCUCUGCUUGAGAGUGAAGGAAGACAGUUUCUGCAUAUAUCAUAUGAUGUAUGUUUUGAAGAAUCAAGGUUUUAUGGCUAUUUGGAAUAAUUAUUAUUAUUUCAAGAAAAGUUAACAUUCCCUUUACUCAUUAAAUGAUCUUAACAUAGGAAGUGAUCCUACAAAGUGUUGGACACCUCAGUUCUACACAUCCAAAGACAAGGAGCUGAGGCCUCACAGCAUCCACUCUGGAUACAAUUUUUCUGUUAUUAUUUUAGUUUUCAGUAUUGAAGGAAGAACAAAAUUAUUCUGACUUCUGUGUUUAGGGACUACAUUAUCUAGCUCCAAGAUAUUUUGUCUAUGCACCAAUGUUGAGUCAUUUU